CUUUUUUUUUCUUUAUAAGUAGGACCUCUCCUGCAUACAGAACCUCUAACUAACACCUUAACCUAUUUGGUAAAGAAAAAGAACUUUUAUUCUUUUUUCAUUCAGGAACUGCGUUUACGUUUUAUGUCUGCUAUUCAAAACUUCAAUACAAUUGAUCCUUUUGCUGACACUGGUGAUGAUGAUGCUCAGCCUCUGAAUAACAUUCAUAUUCGUAUCCAGCAGAGAAAUGGUCGUAAAACUUUAACUACUGUCCAAGGUCUUCCUCGUGAAUUUGACUUGAAGCGUAUCUUGCGUGUUUUGAAAAAGGACUUUGCUUGUAAUGGUACUAUUGUGAAGGACGACGACUUGGGUGAAGUCAUUCAACUUCAAGGUGACCAACGUGUCAAUGUUAUGCAAUUCUUGACCCAACAAUUGGGCAUGCAAAAAAAGAACAUCAAGAUUCACGGUUUCUAGAUGUUUUUUCUUUUAUUGACAAGUCGUCUCUCUUUAUUAGUUGUUUAGUUAAGGAUGUAUGUAAUGAGUGGCGUGUGCCUUGUACAAAUGCUUCAUUAGCUAUGGAAAAUAUUUAGCAUCUAAUAAAUUACAUGUCGUUAGCUCUGUCUAAAGUAUA